UGCGCGGCGCGGUGGGGCCGGUGCCCGAAAGGUCGGUCGCCGAGUCUCUCCACUGCAUCGACGACAUGGCAGCGCGGCUGGAGCUGACGGCGGCCGUCAAGGACCGCGCCAGGGACGUGCUCAGGAAGCUGGAGAACGGCAAGGCGUUCCCCAGGGCGGGCAGCAGGUGCCGGAACCGGCAGGCGCUCUACGCGGCCUGCCUCCACGUGGCGUGCCGCGCCGAGGGCACGCCGCGGACGUUCAAGGAGCUGGCGUCCGUAACGGGCGACAGCGCCACGGCGGGGGUCAAGGACAUCGGGAGGCUCGUCAAGUUCAUGAAAGGCUACCUCAGGGAGGAGGACGGCGGGCAGGCGGCGGGGGAGAUGAUGAUGAUCGGCGCCGUGGCGCGGGCGGGCGACUACCUGCGCCGCUUCGGCUCGCUGCUACGGAUGGGGGACCAGGAGGUGAGCACCGCGCUGGAGGCGGCCCGGAGGCUGGACAAGAACUUGGACGUGAGGCACAACCCCGACUCCAUCGCCGCCGCCGUCAUGUACAUGGCCAUCGAGCGCGCCGGCGCCGGGAAAUCCAUCCGCGACGUGUCCACGGCCACCGGCGUCAGCGAGGGGACCAUCAGGGAGAUUUACUACAAGGACCUCUGCCCGCACGGCAACAUGCUGUUCGGCCAGUAAGAAAUGUUAACUUUUUUAUGCAUGGAAGGAAGUUCGAUCAAGACUAGUGAUGUUGAAAUCCUAAUAAUGUUCUGCGUAAAUUUAGCAAGCAAGUCGGCCUGGUUGUCCAUAUGAGAUCAACUCUAGGCCUUAGCGUUAUUUGUUUCUCUUCACUUGCAUUUAGUGCAUGCAUACCGCUCAAAAAAAAAAACUUGCAUUUACUGUACAUGUUGUUUUCGAUAGCCGUCUAUUUGGAUUGCUUCUUUGUAUCCAUUAUAUGUGUGCACCUCCUUAUAAGUGUAAAAACAAAAUAU